AUGGAUUUCAUCUGCUCCGGUCUUAAUCUGCGUAUACUCACCUGCACCAUCCUCAUCGCCCCCUGGUGUUUAAUACAGGGCGUGUUCUCGGACUCGCUGCCGUCGGCGUUGGACCCGUGCUCUCCAAACCCGUGUCAGAACCGCGCCCUGUGCCGAGUCCGGGGGGACAGUUACGCGUGUUUCUGUGUCCCCGGGUUCCAAGGAGCUCACUGUCAGAUAAAUGUGAACGAGUGUGUGUCCCAGCCCUGCAGAAACAGAGGGACGUGUGUGGACGGAGUCGGGACGUACGAGUGUCUGUGUGCUCCAGGAUACACGGGACUCUCGUGUGAGCUGGAGCUGGACGAGUGUCGGUCGGGGCCCUGUCUUAAUGGCGGCCGUUGUCAUGACGACGUGGACGGCUUCAGCUGCACCUGCCCGCCCGGUUUCCACGGAGACCGGUGCCAAACAAACACGGACGAGUGCCAGGACGAGCCGUGCCAGAACGGAGCUCGCUGCAGAGACGGAGUGAAUGAAUACAGCUGCGACUGCUCGGGCACGGCCUUCACCGGAGAACACUGUGAGGCCCCGCUCCCCUCCUGUCUCUCUGAACCCUGCUUCAACAGCGCCCUCUGCCAGGACACUCCGGGGAACUACACCUGUCACUGCCGGCCAGGUUUUGAGGGGCGUCAGUGUGAGGUGGACAUCCCUGAGUGCUCUAGCGCCCCCUGUCUGCACGGUGGCCGCUGUGUGGAGAGGUCCUGGCAGGUCCUGUACGGCAGCGAGCCUCUGUUGCCUUUGACCUUUGACCCACAGAACGCUGAGGGAUUCAUCUGCAGCUGCCCCAAUGGAACCAAAGGCUCUUUGUGCGAGGAGGUGAUCGACCACUGCUCCCCCGGCCCGUGUCAGAACGGCGGGACGUGCGAGGGCUUCGUGGGCGGGUACGUGUGCCACUGCCCCAAACUCCUCCCCCCCACCGCCACCUCCACCAGCGGCGGCAGCGCGCUCUACGGAGGGCCCAACUGCGAGGAGAGGCUGGUGGGCUGCGAGGGACACAAAUGCCAGAACCACGGCACCUGCGCCCCCUUCCUCCUGGACGGGACACACGGCUACACCUGCUCCUGCCCCGCGGGGUUCACCGGGCCCCUGUGCAAGACCCCCACCACCUUCUCCUUCGAGCGGAGGGGGUAUCUACUCCUGCAGAGCCCGCUGGUCGAGACCGAAGUGUCUGUUAAUGUCACGCUGAGCUUCAAAACUGUGCUGCCCAAGGCCGUGUUGUUUCAGAGGAACAGUCACGGUUUGCUGCUCACUCUGUCUCUCGUCUCCGGGCGACUCCGACUCAUUUUGACCAAAGACUCUUCAGCUCCCGGACUUCCCGAAUCCUCGUCGGAAAAUCCGGUCCAGCUCUUGGAUCUGCCCCAGAACGUGUCGGACGGACAGUGGCACUCUGUGGAGGCCACGCUCGGGAACUGGGUCCUCAGCCUCAAACUGCUGGACUUGUCUCGAAGCUACGGCGCGCAAACUUAUCACAAGGUGGCGCCGGUGCAGAUCCCCGCCCAGCCCGUGUCCCCGCCCCAGAGCACGUUCAUCGGCGGGGUCCCGGAGGGUCUCGGCCGCGGCUCCGGUUUCGUGGGCUGUAUGCGGGACGUGCUGGUGGACUGGCAGCUGGUGAUCCCCGAGGAGUGGCUGAGUAACUCCGCGGUGAACGUGUCGCCCGGGUGCCAUCACAGGGACCGCUGCCUGGAUGCGCCGUGCCAAAACGGAGGACAGUGCGUGAACCUGUGGCAGAGCUACCAGUGCGUCUGUGCCAGGCCCUACGAGGGGCACGACUGUGAGGAGGAGCACGUGACGGCGCGUUUCGGACACGAGGACUCCCAAAGCUUCGCCGCUUUCACCAUCACGGACGGCAUCGCGGAUCGCCUCAGCGUCUCCCUCUUCCUCCGCACCCGUAAAUCGCACUGCCUCCUGCUGGCGCUGUCCCGUAACUACACCCUGUACUUCACCGCGUGGCUGCAGGAAGGCCACGUCCUGCUCCGACUCCGCCCUUUCGCCCCUGUCAAGUCUAAAAACGCCAUAAACGACGGGGAAGUGCAUUUUGUCAGUCUCGAAGUGACCAACGGGACCGUGAUUCUGUCCGUACGAGGUGAAAAACAAGGAUACGUGGAUGUUAGUGCUUUGGAUAUCCAAGAUGGCGACACCGUUUACGUGGGCGGGCUUUCGGACGGCCAGGAUUCGAGCGUUUUCGGUGGGAAUUUGAAAGGUUGUGUCCAGGAUGUGCGCAUAAACGAAAAGAGGCUGUUGUUUUUUGGUUUGGAUACUUCCGUGGGAUCGUACCCUCUGCUCCACCUGAAAAACGUGACGGCGGGAUGCACCGGGGACAAUAAAUGCAGCUUGAACCCGUGUCUGAACGGCGGGAUGUGCUUCUCCGUGUGGGACGACUUCAGCUGCUCCUGCCCCCCCAGCACCUCGGGGCGACGCUGCGAGGAGGUGCGCUGGUGUGAGCUCGCACCCUGCCCCCUAGAGGCCGAGUGCAGGGUGCUCAGCCACGGAUAUGAAUGCUACUCCAACGCGACCUUCCUGAACGACUCCACCGUCCUGAUUUAUCGGGGAAACGGUCAAAUCCUCCGCAACCUCACCAACCUCUCCUUAAACCUGCGCACACGAAAACGCAACGCCGCCAUCCUCCACGCCGAGAGCUCCUCCUCCUUCAUCACGCUGUCCGUCCAGGAGGGAUAUCUCUGCUUAGAACUGCGGAGUGCCACCGGAGACGAGGCGGCCGACGGCGGAGAAGACCGGCGAGUGUCUACGGUCAGUAUAAGCAGCCGGCGAGUGGUUAGCGACGGCGAAUGGCACAACGUUCAGCUGUUCAUGGCCACGCCCUGGACCCAAACCUCUCGCUGGACGUUGGUUCUGGACGAGGAGAUAGAAGAGGCGAGCACUUCCAAAACUCAAGCCGGUAACUUGGAUUUUUUGCGGGAAAACGUUGACAUUUUCCUGGGCGGGCUGGCUCCGGACGCCGGGUGGUCUCUGGCCGGUUGCCUCAGCACCGUGGAGCUCGGCGGCGUCGCGUUGCCUUACGUCACCCCGGCCGACGUCAACCUCCCCCGGCUGCAGCUCGACCAGUUCGCGCUGACCUCCCAGAACGCGCCUCUGCUCGGCUGCGGCGGCGCUCCCGUGUGCGAGCCCAAUCCCUGCCAGAACGGAGGGCGGUGUCAGGAUCUGUUCAACUGGUUUAACUGCAGCUGCGUCGCGGGGUGGGCCGGGCGACGCUGCGACCUCUUCGUGAACGCCUGCGCCUCGGAUCCCUGCCGCCACGGUAACUGCACGGCGCGGGGGCUGUCGUACGAGUGCGCGUGCGACCGGGGCUUCGCGGGUUCGGACUGCGAGGAGGAGGCGGACGUGUGCGAGAACCAUCUGUGCGCCAACGGAGGGACGUGUCUCCACGGGCCCGAAACCUACGCCUGCCUCUGUCUGGACAACUACACCGGACCAUUCUGCAGCGAGCGCAUAAGAGAGAUACCUUGGUACAUGAUUGUCAAAACUGUUCGUCCCAAGUUGCCCGUGUCCGUCUGUGGGGACGGCCUGAGGAACUACACCUGCUUUAAUGGAGGAAACUGCACAGAGAGAGACCUGUCAUGUGACUGUCCCCCAGGCUUCACCGGACACAGGUGCGAACAGGAGCUGGACGAGUGCCGGUCGAACCCCUGUCUGAACGGCGGCUACUGCAGGAACCUCGUCAACAGAUUCUCGUGCGUGUGCGACAUGAGCUACGCCGGCGACGUCUGCGAGAUCGACACGAGCCGCGCGACAUACGGUUCGCGCGUGGCCGCCGUUUUGGUACCGUGUCUGAUUGCCGUGGCGAUCGCGCUGGUGUUGUCGGUGUUGAUGGGCGUGGCCAAACUGAGGGAGAAGCGGCGCACGGAGGGAGGCUACAGGCCGCGGCAGCUGGACCCUCGGGGGGCCCGCGAGCCGCCCGUCGAGCUGCACGUCUCCUCCCUGACCAAUAUGGCGGCGCACGUCUCCUCCCUGACCAAUAUGGCGGCGCACGUCUCCUCCCUGACCAAUAAGGCGGCGUGCGCGGAGAGGCUGGUGUAGACAGGGGCGGGCGCGAGGCCGCUCACCUCUCAGGGCCUGACCUCCACCCUGCUUCUCUCCGUCAGUCUGUUCUCUGUGGUUCUGCUUCUGCUGCUCGUCCU